AUGCCGAAGCCGAAAUCCUUCCUAAGGGAGACAAAGACAAAGAAGAAGGCUGCCUCGAAACAGGCACCUGUAACUGCAGAUGAAUUUCUUGCAGCCGGCGUCGAGCUAGAAGAAGCCGGAGAGAAAUGGCGGGCCGGAGAUGCGGCCAAGUCCAUGCGCUUCUUUAUGCGGGCCAUCACCAACUAUGACGAAGGACUACAGAAACAUCCCGGCACAUUUGAUCUAGCUUACAACAAAGCACGAGUCCAAUAUGAAAUCACCCAGCACCCCAAACUAGCAGCCCAGCUGCCAGCGCCACAGGGGGAGCUUUUGCAGAUUGCGCUACAGUCACACCGGGAUGCCCUGGGUCUGGAGCAGGACAAUGCUGACGUGUUGUUCAAUUCGGGCCAGGUGCUGACCAGUCUAGCAGAGUUGAUAUCCAAUCUGAAGCAUCCCGGUGAGGAGGAGCAGAUGCAAGCGGGGACCUACCUGCAAGAAGCGAUUGAGCUGUUCCAGCGGUGUCUGAUGGUACAGGAGAUGAAGUACACGGAAAUGCAAGAGGAGAUCGAACUGAUGAAAUCCGGGGGUGUGCCGCCGGAGCCGGAGUCUGUACCACCAGCUGCGGGGCAGUCUCAAGUCGAGUCCGGCGAGGAGCAAGAACAGUGGGCGAUGAUUGUGGAGCCUGUCACGAAGAAUACGCUCGUGGACACGGCCGUGGCACAGCUGGAGACUUUGACGACUCUGUGCAACGUGUUGAUUUCUAACCCCGGUGCGGGCGGUGUUGGUUGGGUACAAGAGUACUCGUCGGAGCUAGUGCAUUCGCGGCUGCCUGCUUAUGCUGAAGGCUCGGACAGACAGUAUGAGGCGGCCUUAGCGCGAGCCAAGUUCAUCUGUGCAUUGAACGAUUUGCUCUACCGAGGCGGACAUACCGAUAUCCAAACCUACCAGCAGGAGGUUGGACAGGUUUUUGGCCCGGAACUGGAUGUAUCCGCGGACCCUGAAGGGCUGUGUGGCAAAGCAGAUGCGCUCACGUCAUUGAACCAGGCACUUUCGGACAUCCCUCCAUCGGAGGAUGACGAGGCGUUUGAGAACGCGGUAGCAUUGCGUUGGAAGUCGCUUUCAACCGCCCUAGACGCAUUAACGGCUGCUACUAAGCUCCCAGAUGCCGAAAACCUGCCCAAGAUCCACCUUGGUCGCGGAGACGCGGAGAUGCACAGAUGGCGUCUUGGACGAGCGCCCUGGAACCACGCCAUAGCGAAGCAGAACGGAGCUAUGCUCCUGCGCAACGCUCAGACGUACUAUCGCGGAGCAACAGCUCUCGCUCGCCGCGACGGAGCAGUUGAGGAAGAACGCGACGGAACUUGCAAGGAGGCGAUUGCCGCAGCAAUCGAAGGCCAGAACACGAAGCUCGAGCAGCUCAAAUCAACGGACCUCCAACAGGUGAUAGUCGUGGCGCAGGAUAUGGUGGAAGACGGGAUGGUUGAUGGCAGGGAAUUGAGUGCCCUGAUUUCAUCAUGA